AGAACUAGAUUCUGCAAGUUCCUUUCUCAGUGAAGCUUUGAGGUCCUCUUCAGUGAGAACGUCGAUAAAUGUUUCAGUAGUUCGUUCUCUCUCCAUGGCCCCCAUUGUAACUAGUGCUCAUCUCAGCUGACAGGAAAAACUACCCCAUCUGCUGCUGCAAGGAAGCCGUGACGUCACGGCUGGAACGAACUGACCCGGUUUUUCGGGUUUCGCAGACGGCGGGGCCCCAAGUGAUGGAAUGAGCAGGAGACGGUAGACCACAGCUCCGGGGGUGCAGGGGCCCAACCUCGCCCGGCCCCGCCGGCCCUGCCCUCUAUACGCCUGGGGCGGAAACCUCGCGCGGGCGGGGGAGCCGAGUCCAGCCUGCGGCGAGCGAGUGGGCGUGAGCGUUGGGGGCCGGCCAAACUUCCUGUCCCGCGCUGCCGCUGCUUCCGGCGGGAGCCGGAAGACGCUGUGUGUGGACGGAAUUCGGGACCGCCUGACGGCUAGCCGGCUGCCCGGGACGGGAAGAGAGAGAUCACAAGUAGGCAGAGAGGCAGGCAGAGGGAAAGGAAGCAGGCUCCCUGCCCAGCAGAGAGCCCGAUGUGAGACUCGAUCCCAGGAUCCUGAGACCAUGACCUGAGCCAAAGGCAGAGGCUUUAACCCACUGAGCCACCCAGGCGCCCAGGAAUAGUAAUUCUUAAACCCUGGUGUUUCAAGGUCAGAUGUAGAUAGAUGCUGAAUUGACUACCCACCCAGCACAGCAUCUUACAGGAAAAGCAUAGCAUUUCCUAGAGGAAUAUGAGCAUAACAGGAAGGUGUCUUUGACUGAGUUAAAUUUUUAACCUGUCCCCUGAACAGCUACAGGAUUUGGAAGCUGAAUCAAUGUUAUCAGAUGAGUUAGAAUCCAAACCAGAGCUCCUGGUACAGUUUGUUCAGAAUACGUCCAUCCCAUUGGGACAGGGGCUAGUAGAAUCAGAAGCUAAAGACAUUACUUGCUUGUCCCUCCUUCCAGUGACUGAGGCCCCAGAAUGCAGUCGGCUAAUGUUACCAGAUGAUACUCCAAGUCAUACAAACUCCUCCAAGGAGGUCCCUUCCUCAGCUGUGUUGAGAAGCCUUCAGGUGAAUGUGGGCCCAGACGGAGAGGAGACAAGGGCUCAGACUGUACAGAAGUCCCCGGAGUUUUUGUCCACUCCAGAGUCUCCUAGCUUGUUGCAAGAUCUACAGCCGAGUGAUAGCACUUCUUUUAUUCUUCUUAACCUAACAAGAGCAGGUCUGGGCUCUUCAGCUGAGCACUUAGUAUUUGUACAAGAUGAGGCAGAGGAUUCAGGGAAUGAUUUCCUCUCCGGUGAGAGCACGGACAGUAGCAUUCCAUGGUUCCUCCGGGUUCAGGAGUUGGCUCAUGAUAGUUUGAUUGCUGCUACUCGCGCACAGCUGGCAAAGAAUGCAAAAACCAGCAGCAAUGGAGAAAAUGUCCAUCUCAGUUCUGGUGAUGGGCAGCCCAAAGAUUCUGGGCCCUUUCCUCAAGUGGAAAAGAAGCUCAAAUGUACAGUUGAAGGUUGUGACCGGACAUUUGUGUGGCCCGCUCACUUCAAGUACCAUCUCAAAACGCAUCGAAAUGACCGCUCUUUCAUCUGUCCUGCAGAAGGUUGUGGGAAAAGCUUCUAUGUGCUGCAGAGACUGAAGGUGCACAUGAGGACCCAUAAUGGGGAGAAGCCCUUUGUGUGCCCCGAGUCUAGCUGUGGUAAGCAGUUCACUACAGCUGGAAAUCUGAAGAACCACUUGCGCAUCCAUACAGGAGAGAAGCCUUUCCUGUGUGAAGCCCAAGGAUGUGGCCGUUCCUUUGCUGAGUAUUCUAGUCUGAGAAAACAUUUGGUGGUUCACUCAGGAGAGAAGCCUCAUCAGUGUCAAGUCUGUGGGAAGACCUUCUCCCAGAGUGGGAGUAGGAACGUGCACAUGAGAAAGCAUCACUUGCAGCUGGGAGCAGCUGGGAGUCAAGACCAGGAGCAAACCGCUGAGCCACUAAUGGGCAGUAGUUUGCUUGAAGAGGCUUCAGUAACCAGUAAAAACCUGGUGCCUAUGAACCCCCAGCCCAGCCUUGGAGGAGAGUCCUUGAACCUACCAAAUACCAAUUCUAUCCUAGGAGUUGAUGAUGAGGUGCUUGCUGAAGGAUCCCCGCGUCCCCUGUCUUCAGUGCCUGAUGUGACACAUCACUUGGUGACCAUGCAGUCAGGGAGGCAAUCCUAUGAGGUUUCUGUGUUAACUGCUGUAAAUCCACAGGAGUUACUAAACCAAGGAGAGUUAACUGAAAGCCGGACAUGAGCAUGGACACCGACUCCUGGAAGAGGAGCUCCGUCUGAUCCCAGAGUGCACAUAGUGGGAACAGGAGGCUUCUGGCUCGUGGUCUGCCAGAACUGAAACGAAUCUGUGAAGGACAGGACCCCGCUUGUGCCGCUGUUCACCGUCCCGGACAGAGACGAUGAAUGUGGGAGCGCUGCUUUUCACACCACAUCUGAUCCAGACAAGGACGAAAGCAGUGAAUGUGGGCUGGGUAACUGUACCUACCUCUCCUCCCACUAUGAAAUUUUGGGAGGGACUUCUCCCAGAAGGGAGUUUGAUUAUGUGUUGGCUGAAAUUUCUUCGAUGCGGCUCUUAGAAAGGGAUUUUCCUUUGAAGAAUUUACAUCCCAGGCUCAGCUCUUUUCAUGUGGACGAACGAAGUCCUGCCACCGGCCACCAGACUUCACCAAGAAGUUGAGCUUUCAAGAUGCCUUGUUGCUUUUGAGAAGGGAGGAGUGUCAGUUCUGCUGUGGCGUCCUCCCUUUAGCAACCUGAGUAAGAGACUCUCUGCCCCUGGGCUGCAAAAAAAUAAAUUACUUGAAUCCCUACCUGGCCCGGGCUGAGGUACUAUCUUGUAUCCACUUCUACUUGGUCACUUGGUUUUGUUUAUGGAAUAUACAGUAGCAUGUUGAAGGUUUUUUGUUUUUUGAUUUUUUUUUUCAAGUUAAAUACCAUAUGAUUCACAGCUUCAGUUGUUUUCCCUUUAAAUAAACAAGACAGCCCAGGCA